AUGAUUCCUCUUGUCAUUGGCACGUUUGCGCUUCUGGCUGGUGUUGCCUCUGCAGGUACAAAGCUCUGGGACGGAAGUUUCAACCCUUUCACAACUGCGGCUGAUUUUGACAAAUGGAGCUGGGCUAACCAAGUCGGCACUUACCAAUGGUACAUCCACGGAAGCCAGCCUACCUCUCACUAUCUGGAUCUGUCUUCUUCGUAUAAAAACCCGGCGAUGACUUCCGAGCAGCGUGGCCUCAAGGCGACCAUCGACUCCGGUGCAACCUGGAACGGACAAACCAUGGCACGAACGGAGCUGAUUCCACAGACAAGCUCCAACUUGGGAACCGGGAAUCUUUUCUAUCAUUUCUCUGUAAAGAGAACAAGCACGAAUGCCCCUGAUCCUACCCUAGAACACCAGGUCUGCUUCUUUGAGAGCCAUUUCACUGAGCUUAAAUACGGCGUCGCGCCAAACCCCACCAACUUGCAAUGGAUGGUCGGAGGCGUUUCGAAAUGGAGCACUCCAUUCAACGCGGACACCUGGCUCAACUUCGCUUAUGAUAUCGAUUUUUCGAAAGGCACCGUAGGGCUGUGGGCUUCUUCAGGAUCCAGUCCACUUGUCAAGGUUGUCCAGAACGUCGCUGCUUCUACUUCCACAAAUUCUGCCGACUGGCAUCUUGGUGUGCUGCGAAUCGUGGCUGCGGCCGGAGUCGAAGACUGGUACUUCUCAGGCGUUUACGUCGAGAGUGGACCCAUCACCACUGCCAUCGGAAGUGGAUCGUCUACAGGAGGUAGCACGACUGAUGCACCCACCACCACACAAGAACCGCCUUCUACUACGACCAUCGCCACCACAACGACAGCAAGUGGUCCGGUGCAGACGCAUUUCGGACAAUGCGGCGGCAACGGCUGGACCGGGCCAACAGCGUGCGAGAGCCCCUACACAUGUAAAGACGUUAGUCCACCUUAUUAUUCGCAAUGUCUUUGA